AUGAAAGAAAUAGUAGCCAUGGUUAAAGAUGCUGAUAUGAAUCGUGCUAUGCAAGAGGAUGCUGUCUAUAUAGCUGCAAAUGCAAUUGAUGAACAUAAUACUGAACAAGAAAUUGCAAGAUAUAUUAAAAUACAAUUUGAUCAUAAACAUAAACCUUAUUGGCAUUGUAUAGUUGGUGGAACAUUUUCUAGUUUUGUAUCCCAUGAAGCAAAUAAAUUCAUCUAUUUCUUCCUUGGAAAUCAUUCAAUCCUUUUGUAUAAAUCCUUAUAA